AUGCACGGGGGAGGGGGAGCGGGGGCGGGGGUGCAGUGGGAUGCUGGUAACGUGACGAUUGAGUCUUCUCUAGUGCAACUGAAGGAGACCGGGCCCACCCCGCAAGACCGCCGAUUUCUCUACGUAGACUGCCUCAAGGAGGCAACAGCAGCUGUAAGCUUGGGGGUAGAGACUGUGCCUCCCGAAGCCCUGCGGGCACUAGUGCGGCAAUUUAAGCAGGGAGUGCACCAGGCGUCGAGGAUAGGAUCGUCCGCAGGAUUGGCGGUGGCAAAUCCAGCUGUCGUCCGCCUGCCGACGAGCAGAGACACCGGCAAACGAAAAAGGGCGUCUCACGAGGGGGGUGCUGUGGUUGGAGCGGCUAGACGGGCGUACAACCAAAGCUACAGUUAAUUGCAGGGCCCAUGCGUGCAGUGAGUGACACGCAUCGUAGAAGCCCCGGCGCUCGGCCCCACAUGGUUAGUCUCGGGCCGUCGUCGGCGUUCGUGUUGGUGUGCGUGCUGGCGUGGCGAAUGGGAGUACACUAUUUUCUUGGUUUCCGGUUGGGCUGGAGACUCGCAAGUAAAUAUUUGGGGUUAUCAUAGACCGGAAGGAUGCCGGACGUGGAGGUGUGGUGUUUCAUGUGCGUGUGCCUGUGCUUGUUCCGAUUGUAGGAUUAAACUUGCAAUUUUAAACGACAGAGGGUGUCCUCAACUUGUGGGCACGCCGGCCGCACGCCGCAAGCGAUUGACCAACACCACAUGGCUGACGCUCAUUUCCCGUAAUAAUAAUAUUUCGACCCGCCUGCUUUCAAGUUCUUCAUGCCAACUUGUUCAUUGCAUUGGCGAACACCCAUCCGCUCAUUUCCUUUACCAAAGCCCCCCACCACCCCCGUACUUUACACAGUAGUGGCCUAAAAAAAAUGUUGUCACAUAAAAAAAGCGUUUCGAUCUCACUACCCAGCUUUCAUAUGCAUAACUGUCCGUACUGAUCCAAUACUUGACGCGGUCGAUUCCCAAGGUCACAGGCUAACUUACCCUAAAAAGGUACACUCAAAAAAAUGGACGCGAGGGGUCCGCGAGCCAAUUUAUAUCAACCACAGAUGCUGCCGCUGUAGUCUGGAGCCCUCUGCUGCUCCCUCUCUCUGUGCGCGUGUGUGUGAUUUCGUCCUACUUUUUUCGUGGUGAGACGUGUACUAGUCUACACUUUUCAGUGUGUGUAGAGUACACUUGGUUCAGUGUGUUUUUGCGUACAACCUACAACACGACAGGAGGGGGGUAAACACCGACACGCUGAUAAUGUGUCUCUCUACACGCUAUGUGAGGUAAGAACUGGAACUGGAAGUCAGCAUCACGGGGCGGAGACAGAGAGAGGUACAUCCCCUGGUUCAACCUUGCAUGUCUGCUGUGUGGGCUGUGUGUAGUCUGCCCGGUUGGGGGCUGUGUGUUUCGUGCUGGUUUCGUGUAGUCUGUGGAGCAGGUGUCUGUGUUUCACUGUGUUUCUGUGUGUCUUGGUUCGCUGCUUGGUUCUGGGUUUGUGGUUGGUUGGUUCUUCUGGAGGCGUUUUCCAUCCUGCAGCAUUUCGUUGCAGGACCAUCCUGCAAAU